AUGUCAACCCCAGGUCCAAGUCCUGGAUCUGGGUCAGGACCACCUGAUGGCGAUGACACCCCGAAAAAGCAUUCCAAGAAGAACAUGCGAGGCCGGGCGUACGUCGAUGAGGACGCCGAUAAUGCGGAAGUGACACAACUUUACACGCAAGAAGAUGAACGCCAAAAGCGUUCUACGCCGAGAAGUCGGAUGAAGGGAUGGGCGUAUAUUGAUGAGGAGAGUGAUGGUCCCGAUUUGACGCAUCUACAUAGCGGUGAACCGAUUGCUAGGAGAAGGAGGGAGGAGGAGAGAGCAAGUAGGGAAAGGGAUAGUGGGGAGGGGCAGGGGAGAAGUAGAAAUAGUACGGGUAGAGGGAGGAAUGAUUAUUAUAAUGGUGAGGAGGAGGAGGAGCAGAAAGAUGGGAAUGAGAAUAUGCAGAUGGGUGGAAUGGAUCAUGGGAAUGAACCUUACCCUAUAGGCAGCAUGAACGACCCGCCUGCCUCAUCCGACUCCCCUUUCCCUACACCACCUGAUCUCGAAGGUUUACCACCUCCAAAUCAACCCAACACAUUGAUCCCCGUUCCUAGACACCCAAACGGUAGAGCCGAAAGACGACUCUUGAACGUCGACAAGAGCAUGUGGUGGAACCAGGAGGGGCAGGGCCACACGAAUCCACCGAGUGAUUGCUGCUACGAGUGUGUGGUAGUGCACAAAGUAUGCGAUGUUCUCAGAAUAGGUUACCCAUGUACGAGGUGCGAGCAGAGAGGCCUGAACUGUAGGAACGGCUUGCCGAGUCAGAAGUGGGAGAAGAAGCAGAUUCUGGCACAGACGGGUGUCGCUGUACAAUCCAGGCUUCAGUCUCAUGGGACGUCAAUGGGUGCUGGGAGCCAGGGGAGGGCAAGGACUGACACGGGGGCUUUUGCGCCGGGUAGUAGUGUUAGUAGUGGGCGAGGCAGAAGAAGCGCUAAUGCCGGUUCUUCGACCCCACAGAGUGGUGAUAGCACACCUAGGACCAUUGUCGUUGACACGUCCGUUGCUUCGUCUUCGAGAGGGGGCAGGAGAGGAAGACCAAAGAGAGCAAGAAGCGCCAGCCCAGAAAGAGACAACGGCGAAGACAGCAUUGGAGAGAAAAUUGAAGAUGAAAAUAAUGAUGAUAACAAUGGCGGGAGAGAUGGCGGAGGAAAGCGCCUGUAUAAACGCCGCAAGGCAACUCCCCUAACCGACGACCAGUACGAAAAGAAAUUCGGCAUAAAACGUAAGUGUAAAGAAUGUUCCAGGCUGAGGGUAACAUGUCCGGGAGACAGACCAUGUGACAGAUGCCUUAGGACGGGGAAGCCGUGUGAGCCAGCACACGGUGAUGGUCUGCCGUAUUCUGCAGCUGAACCUCCGCGUAACGAAGAUAAUGAAGACGAUGAUGCGAUUCCCGUCGCGUCGUCAAGUAGUAGACCUGGGUCAGGACGUCCACGCGGACGACCGAGAGGGCGAAAAAAUGCUGCUCCGCCCGUAGAUCCUCUUGAACGGAUAUGGGCAAAGUUCAAUGGGCUCUUCAACCCAUUCAACUACAGCAGACCGGAAAUGGAAGGAGUUCCAACAGCUGAUGUUCCUACAGCCGAUAGGAUGGGUCCUCUACCAGCUCCUACACCGCCAAUCUGGCACGCGGCGCGCAAUCAACGUUUAAGGGAUGUUCAAGAUGAUGCUCAGCGCGACCUCGACCGGGAUAUCCAGCGUCGUCUCCAGGAAGCUCAAAGAUUGGAAGAACAUGUCAUGGGAAACCUUGGUCCAGGCAUGGGAUUUGGAGGGACAGCCGAACUGGUCCAUCGGCCGCGCUGGGAUGCGCAAGCUGCUCGGGAGACUUGGUUCUCCAACGCCAGCUCUGCGGCUGUCCCUGUUGUUUUCCGGCAGGAGCCAGAACCAUACAAUGUCAAUCGACCAUCGAAACCGGUGCCAGACUUCGGGAGAAAUAUGGUGAACAUAGGCGUGUCUAUCAACUCCCAGGUACCGCCACCGCCCCAUGGAGACCAGAUUCCGUGGAUUGCGACGUGGAAUUUUGAGGGUCGGAAUACCACAGAGACGAGGGGUCCGUUGGGUUGGCCGUACCCUACUAUUGGUCCUCUUGAUCAUGGCCACAAGCAUAACACGUCUGGGAUUUUUGAUCCAGUGAACUGCUGUGAGAAUGUGAAUCAAUUUUCUGAAAUGUUUGCGCCUGAUGAGGUAUGUAAUGCGGGUCCAGCAAUGAUGUGUGAAGUGUGGCCAGAGUAUGACAGAGGCCAUCAACAUAAUCCCUGGUACACAUGCAACGUUUGCCGUCACAAACAAUGGGACUUCUACGCCGAGAAGCAACAAGAGAUAUUACUCCGACAGAAACUCUACGCCUGCUCAGACUGCGGAAAUCAGAUCCGGAAAGAAGGUCGAAGCUGGCCUAAAGAGUGUCUCUGCUAUGCCACGAAGACAUGUCGCGAUCUGUGCCAUCUGCAUAGAGAGCAGGUUGAGAAUGCUGCUGAGGGGCCGAUCCUCAUUGCUGAGGAUUACCUGAUCCGGAGUGGCAUUUUGAGGAAUGAGUGGGAUACUUGUAUUAACUGUGGCAAGGAGGAUGCGAAUCCGUAUUCGGAGGUUUGGUCUUGUAAGCUUUGUAGAGAGUGGGUGCAAGAUUCGGGACGGACGUGGAUUGAUAGGAGGCGAAGAGUUGGGGAGAAGCGAUGA